UUCAGAGAAGGAAGGGCAUAAAAAGUUGAAGUGGAACGCGGCUACUGGCUUCAAAAUAACACUCUCAGUGAACAUAAAUGUAUGAAGUGAACGAGAGCGGUUCAUUCACUUGAAAGAUUCAUUUUAAACCACCGAAUCGUUCAUCUAACACCAGAAAGUGGAAAAACAAGGAGACAGAUAGCCUUCUGAUGAUUCACAUCACAGUUAAGCAGAAAGGACAAGAGCCUCGACCGCGACGCUGUCAUGCAGAUGCUGCUUUAUUCACAUGUCCCUUCUGCACAACUGAUGCAUGUAAGCCAAGACAGUACCAUCAAAUAAUGACCCAUAUCGCUGGGCAUAAACUGCGAGCGGUUGAAUAUGGAGAUCAUGUUAUAUAUAGCUGUAACAUUGGCUGUGGCAAAAAGGGCAAACAUUUUCACUGCUGCAAGUGUCCCAAGACUUACAUCAAUAAAGGUGCCAUGAAAAAGCAUCUUUGCAGUGCUCAUCCAAUAGCUACUUGCACUCCAGAACCACAACCUGUAGGGCAUCCACUACAAGAACCUCCUUCACAGCGACAACCAGCAUCUCAUCCACCACUAGAACCUCCUUCACAGCAACGAUUAGCAUCUCAUUCAUCACCAGAACCUACAUCACAGCAACAACCAGCAUCUCAUUCACUACAAGAACCUCCUUCACAGCAACAAGCAGCAUCUCAACCAUCACCAAAACCUCCUUCACAGCAACAAGCAGGAUCUCAACCAAAAGAACUUGAAUCGCAGCAAGCAGCACCUCCAGCAAUCGGGAAAAUGCAGAGCUCUGUACAGUGUCCUAGUAGGCACAUCACAAUUAAGCUGAAAGGACAAGAGCCUCGACCGCGACGCUGCCGUACAGAUGCUACUUUAUUCACGUGCCCCUUCUGCACAACUGACGUAUGUAAGCCAAGACAGUACUAUCAAAUAAUGACCCAUAUAGCUGGGCAUAAACUAAGAGCGGUUGAAUAUGGAGAUUUUGUUAUGUACAGCUGUAACAUUGGCUGUGGUACAAAAAAGGGCAGACAUUUUCACUGCUGCGAGUGUCCCAAGAUGUACACCAGUAAAAGUGACCUAAAAAGGCAUCUUUGCAGCACUCAUCCCAUAGCUCCAGAAACAAGACCACGUCCACUAGAAUUAGCAGCUCCUCCAGUGAUUGCUAAAAGUAAGAAAAUGUCAGUGCAGUGUCUUCACUGCGGGCUCAGUCUUAAUUCUAAAAAUUUAAAGAAACACAUUGAGCGGAAGCAUUCUGAAGCCUUACACCCCAUAACUUCAGUUCUGCCAGCAGAGUGUGUUGAUAAAAAGAAUGGACUAUAUGUUGUAUCAGAAUCAUUUUGUGAGCCCUUUACCCCUAUCCAUGUGGUCAAAAGAUUUUGGGGUUCAUCCCACAAGGUUAUGUGUGAAAUGGAUGGUUGCAACAGUCAAGUUGAAAUGGCACAAAGGAGUGAACUUUUCGCUACACAGUGUGUGCACCUACGCUCAGUAGACUACGCCUGCAGUGUUGCACCAAGUGAGGAUUUAUCAGAGCAUUUGUUGACUGAGAUGGUGGAGCGAAAAUGGAUUGGGGACGUAAGGAAGAAACGAUGCCUUAAGCUGCAAAAUCUGGCUAAAAGUAAAGGUGCCACAUUUACUAGCCUUGUUACCAUUGGAGGCUCCGACUACAUGUAUUAUAUAUCAAUAUAUGAGCCGAAGGUGUCACAAUACAGUAAACUGGGAAGAAUCUUGGUGAACUACAAUGCCAAGACAAACACUUGGAAUUGCCCUUGUAGCAAAGGUAGAAAAUCAUGCCUGCACAACAGUAUUGCAAAGUGGUGUCUCUAUCAAAUGAAGAAGCAGCUCUUCGAAAACCCACCCGAAGCUGAGGAAGAAGUUGAACUGGUGCAACUUGUCUAGCCAACAGUGCUUCCAAAAAGUGGUUUAGCUGAGACAUCUCAGCCCAAAAGAAAAACUGACCCGCAACAAACUGACACUGCAAGUAGGUGAUUCUACUGAUAUCAAUGGGCAUAGAAAACAAAGACAGAACAAAUGUAAAAUGAAGAAAAUAAAAAGUUCAGUUUUUUCAGUAUUGAUUUAGGGAUGGCGAUUGAUUAAUUGCUGUUAAUAAUCAGUUUAACUUAUUGAUUGAUUGUUGAUUGAUCAAGUUCAGCAUAAACAUUGUGCUCAUGAAAGAAGCUACAGCUUUGUACAUUGUUUCACAAAAAGGUUUAAAAUAUAAAUGUUGCAAUACAAACUGCAUUUAGCUUGUUUAUUUAUAAUAAUAAUAAUUUAUUUGUUUCCUGAGGUGUACUUUUAGCAUUGUUAGGAUUUUUACAUCAAAAACAUCAUAUAUAAAAAUGUAUAAAACAUAUCAAAAUAUUUUAGAUUUACAUAUAUGGGCUAUAUAUGUUGGAAAUGUCUUGGAGGGAAAAAAAAUGCCUUUUUCCACAAAUUUUGUAUGUAUGCAGUUUGUUUAAUAUCCAAGGUACACAUUUCUAGUAAUUGUGCAGUUAAUUCUCAUAUUGUAAUUUCAGAAAGUUUUAGAAUAUUUGUCCUCUCCCCAAAUUUGUCACUACAGAAACACUGUAAUAUAUGAUUUAGUAAUGUAGCUGGUGCUGAUAGGUCAGUUAUGGGUUAUGAUUGAUGUAUUUGUGGUUUCAGUUGUUAAUGUUUAUAUUGUGUAAUUUUAUUGUAAUUUCACAAUUUAAAUGUUCAUUUCUGUGUCUGUGUGUUGAUUUUCUAUUUUUGUUGGUAUGGUAUUUGUUUUUGUUGUGUUCUUAAGUUUGACUAAGUUGAAUGUCACAUGAUUCUUUUUGACUAAUUUAACCUGGAAGUGUUUGCACAUACUCAAUGACGAGACUUGAAUUCAGACAUGUAUGUUACAGCUCCUCACCAUUCUACUGCUGGUUACAAGGCCAAUACGGUAAAUGUGUUUAUGUUUUGUAUAUUUCUUUAUUUGUGUUGAUGUCCUUCGAAUUGUUGUGUGUAAAAUUAUGUUUCCUUGUUUUGUUUGUAUGUAGUUUUCACUGUGUUCCAUAUCCAUCAGUAUUGGAAGCGUGGACUGUUUUAAUUACCAACGAGUAGCUACAAGAAGGGUUAUAGAUAAUAAUACAAGUAAUAAGGGUUAAGAUAUAUUUUUCUAUUUUAUUAAAAAGUUUUCAGAGGUAAAUCAAUAAGAAUGGCAUUUUUAACAAUGUUUCAAGAGUGAUUUGUGAGAUUUGUUGUAUUUUUAAUCCAAAUCUUUAUAAAAGGUAAAAAGUUGAUCAGAUUUCAAAGUUUGGGAUUUUUUAGUGUGAAUAUACAUUGAACCAAAAAAUAUCAUGAUGUCUUAGUUGAUAAUUCAAUAUACUUUAUUUCUGAGAAAACAUCCCAUGUUUCAGUAGUGACUGCACAUUUUCGGUAGUGACAGUAAAUCUUUGGCCACAUCACCUUACAGAAUUUUUAUUUGCCAUCUAAAACCACUAAAACGUACAAAAAUACAAAAAAGUUGCAUAACUGUAUAAAAAUGUUUAUUUCCCCCAAAUAAAGGAUUAUGUGUUCCCUUUUGUCACUACUGAAACAAUGACAUGUUUAGCUAAUCAACACAUGGUUAGCUAGCACAGCUCUGAACAGUGGUACACAUUUAAAAACCAAAUGUUAUGGAAUAACUUCCAUAAAAAAAUGGUGAUAUUGAAAACUCUUUCCAAUACUUGUUUUGGUAGUGACAUGAAAAAUGACCUUUUUUUUACAUAAAGUUUCAAAA